AUGAGUAAUAAUAUUUACGGCAAAAACGGUAUUAAUGUUAGCGACCAGUCGUUUGCUGUGGUUUGGAAAGACCUGUCGUAUAGAGUGAAGCACCGGAUCAUCAAAGAGAAGACAAUCAUUGAUGGGAUCAGCGGUUAUUUCAGGAGCGGACAAAUCACCGCAAUUCUCGGGCCAUCCGGUUGUGGGAAGUCUUCGCUUCUCAACUGUUUGGCCGGAAUCAAGAAGAAGGGGCUGAAGAUAUCGGUGAUCGGACAGGAAGACCGGUUGGAUCCACGGCUGACAGUGAGAGAGGCCCUGAACUACGCCUCGCGGCUCAAGAACUUGGAAAAUAUAGACCACAAACACAACGUUGAGAUCACAAUCAAACGGCUGGACAUCGAGUCGUGCGCUGAUGUGAGGGCUAAGCGAUGCUCUGGUGGUCAACGGAAACGCGUGUCAAUCGCUCUGGAAUUGGUCUCCAGACCUAAUAUACUAAUACUGGAUGAGCCCACCAGUGGUUUGGACACAGCGACCACGUGGCAACUUAUCAACACUUUACUAGACCUGACCCAACAGUCGCAGAAAGGUAUGCCAAUGUCAGUGGUGGCCACUAUUCAUCAGCCGAGUGGCAAACUCUUCAAUUUGUUUCACUCGGUGUAUAUCAUGUCAUACGAUGGGCAGUGUAUAUAUCAGGGAACCCCACAAUCGAUGGUCAACUUUAUGGCCCAAUACGGUAUGAAAUGUCCUAAAUUUCACAACCCAUCCGAUUAUAUACUAGAGGUUGCGUCCAAAGAGCACGGAGUGGGCAAAGCGCUACUAUUGGCCUCAAUCAUGAAGAUCGAGGCCUUAGAUCUAUUGCCGCAUAAGUAUAAAGUGAUUCCUCGUUUUAAAUACAAUACAAGCAGUGAUAUCUGGACACUGACCCAAAGGAGUUUUGUACUGUCCUAUCGAGACCUAUGGCUAUUACCGAUGCGAACGGCGGCCCAUAUUGUUAUCGCUGUAAUGAUGGUCACCUUCUGGGGGUCGGAGAGCGGCCACCUGUCGGGCUGUGCCGACAACUUUGUGGCCGAAGGGACUGACUUUGUGAAGACCUUUGAGGACGUGUCGGUCAGACUUCAGGAGAAUUUCAGUUGCAUUGAAUACAGGAACGGAUGGUACUCAAUAUACUCAUUCUAUAUGGCCAAAGUGAUCGUGGACACUUUCUGGCAACUGACUAUACCCUUGAUAAUUAUUAUUCCCUCAUUUGUCUAUACGGGUCAGUACUACGAGACCGAACGCUGGCGUCUCUACUAUUUCAUAGGCAUAUGUCUACUGCUGGCCCUCUCGUCCACAUCUAUGGGACUAAUAGUGAGCGCAUAUCUAAUGGACUAUCCGUCCGUCGCCUCCUUUAUCGGCAUAAUAAUGGCCUUUCCUUUAGUCCUCUUUUCAGGUUUUAUGAUCCCGGUUAAAGACAUGGGCAAUGGUUUCCGGCACUUGACUUAUGGCAAUUUUAUGCGUUUUGCACUCGAGGGCAAUGCGAUCGCUAUUUACGGCUUUAACCGAUGCGCCGGUGACCGACACAACCGCACGGCUAUCGACUGGUCGGCACUCAUUCCCGCCGAUAGGAUGACCGCAAUCCUGGCCUCCGAUCACAUCAAUGCCGAUGCGUUGAUGAAUACAAUGAGUCUGUUUAGCGGUCAGGUGUCAGAUGAGGCCCAGUCUGUCAUAAUGACCAAAAUGGAUUAUCACGACAAUGACAUGUAUAGAGCAAUUGUUAUGCUCGUGGUUAUUUUGAUUGUGUACAAAGUGGGCACCAAGUGA